UGCUCCCGUAGUCUGUCAGUGAAAACAGUCGCGCGAGCUACGUUCGAUAGUUCGUUUGUUCCGUCCAGUGGCUGUGGUAUUCCGUGUUCCACGAGUAACUCCAAUACCGCAGAAGAAUUGUGAUCAGUCGGUCCCACGGAGUUGCGACCGCCAGCCGGUUCCAUCUGCGCAGUGAGAUUCGAGAAGUUGAAGACGUUCGCGUUACCGAUACGUUUCUCGGUGGUUACCCAAACCGGGAAACCGAACGACCUGGUAAAAGGAGCCGAUCGAUAAGGGAAUCGAUUCGAACCGAUUUCACCCCAACCGGAAUCAUCAAACAAGCCGGGCAGUACAAUUGACGAAUUGCUAAAAGUACAGGGAAAAACGAUCAGAAACGAGCUCAGACGAUGACGACAAUCAAGCAGAUUCUUCGCUACGCCCGAAGACUCGGCCAGGUCUCCGAGUCUGGGAGCCGAGUUUUAAACCGGGCCGUCAGAUGCGCGUCCACCCAGCCGCAGCACAAGAUCAUCGAAGGUGAAAAUGGAAAAAAAAUUUUCGCCACUCCGUACGAGUUCACGUACCCGGAGAUGUGUGUCCAUGAUUACGUCUGGAGGAAAAUGAAUAAUUACGCCAAUAAACCUGCACUGGUAUGCGCGGUGACCGGAAGGAGAUACACGUAUAGCGAGGCGAGGGACGCUGCUAAUUAUAUUGCGAGAAGUUUGCAGAACUCUAAUCUGAAGAAGGGCGACGUGGUGGCCCUGAUCACACCAAAUUAUCCUGAAGCUAUUUUAGCCUUUCUCGGCAUCUUGGAGGCCAACCUAACCAUUACCACUAUCAAUCCUGCAUACACGCCCGCCGAAAUCAGAAGUCAGUUAAAGAGUUCCGGAGCAAAGGCGGCCAUUACAGUCGCAGAAAUCGCACAGAACGUAGUACAAGCAUCGGCAGGCCUAUUCGGACCUGGAUCACCCAUCAUGGUUAUCGAGGAUAGUACUGGACCCAUUCCUGAAGGCACUGUACCGUUUAAGGAUUUAAUAACUCGAGGGAAGACGUUACCGCCUUUAAAGAAUUCCCAGGCGUCCGUCGACGAUGUGGCAGUGCUUCCAUAUUCGAGCGGGACGACAGGAAUGCCAAAGGGUGUAAUGUUGACCCACAGAAAUUUGGUCUCCAACAUGGAGAUGGUAGAUGUCACCACGAGAGAAACGAUGUUUCUGACCACCACAGAGGAUUUUCAAGAAGUGGUUCCCUUAGUUUUACCGUUCUUCCACAUUUUCGGGAUGAACAGUAUCGUUCUGCCACGCCUUGCCGCUGGAACGCAAAUAAUUACUCUUCCCAAAUUCGUGCCAGAACUGUUCAUCGGUGUCUUAGCAAAACAAAGGGUGACAGGUUUGUUCCUCGUACCACCGCUAGUUUUAUACUGUAACGCUGUUCCCCAGAUAAAGAAGGAAUAUUUGGAGAGCGUUCACCACGUUGUAAUCGGAGCAGCGCCAUUAUCGAAAGCGGACGCAGACAAGUUCUACGAAAAGUUCAACUUGAACCACGAGAAGCUAAAGUUCUGUCAAGGAUAUGGAAUGACGGAGACCUCGCCAGUCAUUUGCCUGGAAACAACUGGGAAAAAGACAGGAAGCAUCGGGAAGAAUAUAAUCGGAUGCGAACUACGACUGGUUGACUCUAUCACCAACGAAGAUAUUUCGAAUCCUGGAGAGACUGGUGAAAUCUGGGUCAGGGGGGCUCACGUUAUGAAAGGGUAUUUUAAUAACGAGAAGGCCACGAAAGAGAUAAUCGUCGAGGAUGGAUGGCUGAAAACAGGGGACAUCGCUUACUAUGAUGAGGACUUCGAUUUCUACAUCAAGGACAGACUGAAGGAGCUAAUUAAAGUCAAGGGAUUCCAGGUACCGCCAGCGGAGCUGGAAGCAAUCCUAAGAACCCAUCCAGACGUGGCAGAAGCAGCCGUAGUUGGUGUUCCUGACGAGAGAUCCGGCGAAGUCCCGAAGGCUUUCAUAUUGCGUAAAAAAGACUCAAAGGUGACCGAAGAGGAAAUUAAGAAUUUCAUGAAAGGAAAAGUCUCGGACUACAAAGAACUCCAAGGGGGUGUCACGUUUGUCGACAACAUACCGAAGAAUCCCAGCGGGAAGAUUCUGCGAAGACUACUUCUACAGCAGCAAUGACCUCCAUCGUUGACGAAAGAGAAACUUUAACGCGAGACAUCGAUUAACAGUUCACACAUUAUGAGAUUGGCUGUGUGCUAAGAGUGAAUAACGUUUUUCGCACACGAUUGCGCGCUGUAUUGGCAGUCGAUUGGCGUAAUAAGAAACGCGUGACUGUUAUUUAAGACACCGAAAAGAAAGUGCAAAUAUAUAUCUCCAAUUGGUAAACGGUUGAUGCGCGAUCGACCUCAUCCACGAACGUUUUCUCUGAUAUCGUAUCGUGUAGGAAUCGUUUCUGCUCGGAGGAAGACAUUCGCGACUCGUUUCGAGUCGCAGUGAAAUUUGAAUUUGCAAAAUUUACUUACAACACUGUAACCACGGGCGAAACGUGUCUACGAGAACGGGUUAAUAGUCGGCGGGAUACUUUUUAAUAUUACUGGAUACAUUAUUUUUUCUAUGUCUAAUGGUGCUAUCACUGCAAUCACAAUGCAAUUAGUUUGUAAGAUUGUAUCGUUCCGUUUGGAAACGAUUUGAACGUACUGAAUGUAUCGACGUUAUACAAUUUUUAUAGGCCAUUUAUACCGUUAAGUAGCAGGUGUUUAAGGCAAUAAAAUCGUUUACAGAAGUGUUACAUUUAUUGAUCGUUGAUGAAUUAGUUGUUAGUUUCUCGAUAGCCCUUUUUUUAUUUAAAUAACGGAACGGCAUCCAAAGUUAACGGUUCGAAAAUCAGCUUGCCGUAUGGAUUUGCACGGAAUAUUUGAAAUUUAAAAGGUCAAGAGUAAAUAAUUAUUCCUUUUAAUAUGUUAAUUACUUUAUUUUAGAAAUGUAUAAUUACCUGUGUACAUAAAAUUGGUAAUUUGUUAGUUUCUUUGUUUGGAAAGAAUUUAAAUUAUAAAGAGAUGACUUUGUAUGAGCAAUUGCACAUGCAAUUUUUCCAAUUAAUUUAAAUUAAUAUUGUUAAAAUAUUGUACCUUACACGUCAGUGUAAGUAAAUUCUUAUUUAUCACAUAUACACAUUAAUAGACAUGAAAUAUGUUAUAAAUAAUAUGGUGCAUGUUAUUUUUAAUAAAGAAAUCUGAAUAUUU